CGUAUUUUCGUGUGAAGCCAGCGCCAUGGACGCCGAGUCGCAGCGUGUUCUGGAGUUUUUAACAUCGAUAGAAGAAGCAGCGGAGGAUGUUCUGUCCUCCAAACAACAGAUUGUGGAUCUGGACUCGAAGAGAAACAGGAACAGGGAGGCGCUGAGCGCGCUCAAGCACGAGAUGUCAGAUUCGGAGAAGGUGAAGGUUUGCUUUGGGAACAUGUUCAUCAAAUUCCCCAAAUCCAAAACCAGCGAGAUGAUCCAGAGGGACCAGGAGCAGCUGGAUAAGGAAAUAAAUGACCUUCGCAAGGGACUGAAAGCCAAAGUCAAUCGUCUCAACGAAAUGCAAGGAAAACCUGAGCUGAGAGGCUACAAUCUGUCUCCACUGUCCAGUGAUGAAAUCAGAGCGAUCAACAGCCUUCUGAAGAGAUGACCUGGACCCUUUGCUCAAUCACGACACGCUCGGAGAAGAACAGAAUGUAUAUUUCAUGGAAGGCAAAUUAACGUGGUAUGAUUAAUGUCGCUGCUCUCAGCUGCUCACCAACAUCUUUCAGACCCUUGAUAAGAAACUUUAAAGCAACAUCUGUAGCAGCUGCAUGAGCAGCUUUAUCACUGGUGUUGAGUUGGGUCACUGGGAUGAGGGUGCUGAGCUCUUACAGCAGCUACAAAUGUUCCGUUUGUGCCGUUUCCAGUUGCCACCACUGUAUUGUAGUUUGCUGCUGAGAAGCACAUUUCAGGAGAUCUCUUGUAAUUUGUUAUAAUAAAUGUACAGUUUUGUGAA